CGAACACUGUUCGUUUACUCGUGACUCCGUCUUUCCCUUUUGAAUUUCUACGGGUUAAUCUCCUGCACCUGGGACAUAACCUUAACAAGUGUUGGAUACUUAUUGUUUUUGCAAACGAAACAAUCCUAAACGCAUGUGGAAGGCAUUUCUUAGAUGUAAAAAGCUGUUAGACUGUUAGUUUGCCGUUCCAUUGAUUGCAAGGAUUGUACUUACUUUUCUUGCACCCGCACUUGGUAGUAUGACGGGCUUUGAAGAGACUGAGAGUGGUGCAGCACCAGCCCAGAAGCGCAAAGCUUCGCAGAUCCUUGAUCAGAUUCUGUCCAUAAAAAAACCGAAGUCUUCACAGCAGCAUGAUUCCGUUGAAGUGACCCGAGUAGCGCUAUCCAGGAGGCGAUCCACGCGAACGUUUGGAAAGCGUCGUAAGACAAAGAAACGCUCCGGUUAUCCAGAUGCUGCAGUUGUGCGGAAGAAAAGGGCGGUUGGGAUUUCUCUUUGCAGCGAAUGUUCUAAAGAAGCAGAAGCAGGAGCCAUUAUUGCCGACUGGUUAACUUGCACGUUGUGUUCUGCAAUCGCUCAUUUGGAGUGCGCUCCUAAUAUCGCAAAUAGUCCUGGUGAUCUCAAAGAAAAAUUCUACUGCUUAGCGUGCAGAACGUGCACCGUGUGUAAAAAUAGUACCGUCCUCCCUGAAAAUUCGGAUCUCCUCAACUGUUGCAAGUGCUACAAGGCUUGCCAUGCAAAUUGCGAUGCCGGUAAUGAGAAAAUCGAUAACGUCAAAGGUUGGCUUUGCGGUAACUGUCGGAAAGACUGUAGUGAGAAUGAUACCAUCUCAACCAAUUGCAAACUGAUUUGCACUGACACCAAAAGACCAGGGUCGGCGUCUGUUUCUUCCAGCACCUCUUCGUCAGUGGACAGUUUACACAUUCCCAAAAUGCUGAAAAAGAAGAUGGAUGUACACGAGUCUUUCGCGGCUUUGCUCAACGCUGUCGCAUCUGGAGGAGAACGUGGGCGGCCAUCGAAAAAUGACGAAAGAGGAUCCGUUUAUCCACAAUCUUUAGACAGCGCGGCUUUGGAUUUUAGUGAGGGCACAAUGGCUGAAAUUGCCAAACGCGCAGUUAGUGCAAUACGCUCCAACCAACAUCAACCACUCAGUCCUGAGCAAAUUACCAUCGUUAAAUCGUGGUCGGUUGAUGAUCUUGCUCAAAAGAUUAAUCAGAAGAAGCUUGCCGUUUGUUCUGAGGCGGUGAUUCGCCAGUGCAUCGACGGCGAAGCAUUGUUAUUGCUGAUUCGAGAAGAUGUGGUACGGCAUUUUGGAAUCCCCUUAGUGCAUGGACUGAAAUUGUGGCGGGCACUCUGCGAAAUUGUUGCGGAUGUCACGUAAUGUUUUGGUUUUUAGAAUUAGCUUUUCUGUUUAUCAAGAUUUUGUUUUGCUUGGUACGACCUUGUCCUUUCUUACAUGGAUGCAGUUUUUCGCCACUUUGCUGUGGAUGUUAGAGGUUGCGAUUUUACGGUUAUGUUUCUGUUUAGCAUGAACGCAGUGCCAAUGUGCACAGUACGCUCAUUCUGAGCUUACCAUGUUUGUAGUUUACGUUACUUUUGUAACAGUACUCCGAAAUCUGUGUACAAUAACAUUUAGGACCCUUACUGAACGCGUUCAAUUGGUCCGCGCGAACUUUAUUAAAUUUGUGUUGCCGCA